AUGGCAUGCAUCAACCAGGGUAUGUACGGAGGAGGAGGCAGAGGGGUGGCGGCGCCGCCCGUCGGCCCUCGCAUCUCCUUCUCCAACGACUUUGCCCUGGACGCGGCCACCGGGCGCCCGGCGGUGAAGUACGAGCGAGCACCGGCGGCGGCUGCCGGCAACUCGCCGGACUUCGAGUUCUCGGUGGAGAGCUACGGGAUGAUGGCGGCAGAUGAGCUCUUCUUCAAGGGGCGGCUAAUGCCGCUCAAGGAGCAAUCCACAGUGGCUCAGAUACGCCGGAUGACGCUGCGAGAUGAGUUGCAGGCCGGAAACGGAGAGGACGACGGCGGUCUCACCUUCUUACCGCCGUCGUCGUCGUCGAGGCUUCCGAACAAGAUGGCCCUUCGGUGGAAGGCACUGAUGGGUCUGAGGAAGGCGAAGCACGACAAGAAGCAGCAUGAUGUGCUGCAGCAGCAGCAGGAAGACGGCGAGAAAGAAGAGGAAGAGGUAUUCGGGAACGCCAGCUCUCACAUCUCUCUCUCCAGAUAG